GUUUCUCCCCCCUCCCCCCCCCCCACAUCCCCCUUUUAUCACCAUGGCCAGCGACCGCCCUAACCUGACGGACGAUCAGAUCCUGAGCAUUGUCUUCGAUGAGGACCCGGCCUCGACGCCGGCUGCUUCUGCCAACGACCUUGAUGCCGUUGAUUUCGAGAUGGCCCCCAUCCCCGCCGAGGUGAAGGACAAGCACCUGCGCAUCAUUUCCCUGGCCGCCUCUGGCAAGCUUGAUGAGGCCCUCCCCCAGCUGGUUGCCCUGACGCAGGAGCACCCGACCUUUGCCGGGGCUUUUAACGACCUGGCUCAAACCUAUCGUCUUCUCCGGCGCGAGGAGGACGCCAUGGGUGCCCUGGAUUUGGCCAUUGAGCUUUUGACCAAGGGCGCUUCGGGGACGCCGGUGCUUAUCCAGGCCGAGGACCGCAAGAAGGUCCUCGCGGCGGCCUUCACUCAGCGCGCGAUGCUUCGGCGGUUCCUCGGCGGCGCGUCCGAGGAGGCAGACGAGCUGGCACGAGUGGACUUCGAGCGGGCUGCCGCUCUGGGGAGCGAGUUCGCCAAGCGCGAGGCCGCCAAGCUCCACCCGAUCGCCAAGCUUUGUGACUCGAUGGUUUCUCAGAUGAUGAAGGACUACCGUGCCACUCUGGGGGGAGCCCCGGGGCCGGCGUGUUCUCGGCCGAGCGAUGGCAACUAAGGCAUUUGUUUACUCCCCCCCCCCCAUCGCCCACAUGCCCUCUUUCUCCCAGGGCACUUCUCUUCCCAGCUGGCUGCCCCCCCCCCCCUUCCCACGGAUGGCUCUUUCACCCGGAGGGCCUCUUUCACAGUCUUCUGAAUACACCUUUCAUUCCCCCCCUCAC